AUGUCGGUGGAUGGAUUUUUACGAGGUUUUAAGAGGUUCAUGGCGCGAAGAGGAAUACCAGAUAUGAUCAUUAACGAUAAUUUUAAGACCUUUAAAUCGGCGGAAGUGAAAAAAUUUAUGUUGUUGCAAGGGAUCACGCAGAGGUUCAUUUUGCCUGCCUCGCCUUGGUGGGGUGGCUUUUACGAACGUUUGGUUAGAACUGUCAAGACGUGUCUAAAGAAAACCCUUGGAAGAGCUUUUGUGACUUUUGAAGAGUUACAAACAGUAUUGUGUGAAAUUGAAGUCGCGAUUAACAAUAGGCCGUUAGCCUACGUGAGUGAUGAUGACCUUGACGAAGCGCUGACACCGUUCCACCUCAUGCACGGGCGUAACGUCGGAAAAAGAACAAAACCUGGUGAUUUCAUAUUUCCCACGAGUGUUGUACAGUGUAAGCGCCGACUUUUCCAUGUUCGAAAGGUGUUGAAAGAUUUUUGGGCGCGGUUUCGCGGUAGUUAUUUAAGCGAGCUACGACAAAUGAACAUAUAUCGAAAAUCGAAGAGCAAGAACGUGCGUAGCAUAGCAGUAGGAGAUGUCGCCUUGAUACGAGACGACGAACCGGUUCCUCGUACUCAGUGGAGAAUGGGAAAAAUUCUACGGCUUGUAAAAGGUCUGGACGGCCAAAUACGAGGUGCUCAACUUAAAGUGUUGUCGAAAGCGGGAAAACAGACAACUGUGUUUCGUCCAGUACAGAAACUGAUUCCGUUUGAAAUUUGCGAAAAUGAAAACAACGAAGAGAAUGCAACCGAUGAUGCCCAGCUUCUCGAGCUUCCAGAGGAACCAGAGGAUGAAAGCUUAAACGAAGAAGUCAAGACUCAUGACGGUCCGGAGAGUGGAAAACGCAAGAAAAGGAAGGCGGCCAUAGAAGGCCAGAACUUACGUAGACUUCGUGAACGUUUUUCCUAG